CGCGCGGAGCCGAAGCCGUUCGUUCCGUGCAGCGGAGUGAGUCGGUGGGAAGGGGAACCCGGUCCUCCGCCUCCAGGCUCUUUGUUGGUGCUCGGCCUCCGCGGCACAAACACGCUGGGACACACCACUCGGAUACUCGGGACUACUUCGUGGGCGAGCAAAAGUAUUUUUGGCUGCUGUGCUCAAAAAACCCUCCAGAGCACCUCACACAAUCGUGAAGUCGGCCCCCCCUGAAAUGGGAUGGGCCACCGGCAGAGUCUCUGAAGAACCAGCAGCCUCCAGACCGACCCCAGAGACCCCCUACCACAACGCAUAGGAACACACAAACCAAAAGGCACGCCAGGCCCCCCGUGCUGGAACGUCAGGACCGCCCCCGCCGGGAAUCAUGUCGGGGAUCCCCCCAGCGACCGGAGGUCCGCCCCAGCUUGCCAACAUGCCCCCCCCAGAGGUGAUCAACCCGGCCACACCCGGGAGGAAGACCAACCAGCUGGCGUACAUGCAGAACGUGGUGGUCAAGUCUCUGUGGCGCCACCAGUUCGCCUGGCCCUUCUACCACCCCGUCGACGUGGUCAAGCUGGGACUGCCGGAUUAUUACACGAUCAUAAAGACCCCUAUGGACAUGGGGUCGAUCAAGAAGAGACUGGAGAACAACUACUACAGCAGCGCCGGAGAGUGUAUGCAGGACUUCAACACCAUGUUCACCAACUGUUAUAUAUACAACAAGCCUACGGAUGACAUCGUGCUGAUGGCCCAGGCGCUGGAGAAGGUGUUCCUCCAGAAGGUGUCCCAGAUGCCCCCUGGACAUGAGGAGGUCCUGCCUGCUGCUGCACCCAAAGUGAAGCCCAAGAAACCCACCACCCCAGGCGGUCAGGACGGCACAGUGACCUCCUGCACCCCAGCCACACCUCCACCGUCCUCAGAGCUGGGGAUGAACUCCUCCACCUCCAACUCCUCCUCGCUGCCCAACUCCCCCACCCAGUCUUCUGUCAAAACGCUGAAGAGGAAGGUCCUCUCGACCCCGCCGCCGGCGCUCCCGGCCGCCGUCAAGGUGGCGUCGCCGCCGGAGAGCGAGGCGUCCCUGGAGAAGAAGCGGCGCGAGAGCACGGGGCGGCCCAUCAAGCCGCCCAAGAAGGCGCUGGCGGAGGAGGAGGAGACGGCGCAGCACGCCACCAAGAGGGGCCGCCUCACGGAGCAGCUGCGCUUCUGCGAGGGCAUCCUGAAGGAGAUGCUGUCCAAGAAGCACGCGGCGUACGCCUGGCCCUUCUACAAGCCCGUGGACGCCGAGGCCCUGGCGCUGCACGACUACCACGACAUCAUCAAGCUGCCCAUGGACCUGGGCUCCGUCAAGAAAAAGAUGGACGAGCGGAAGUACCACGACACUCAGGCGUUUGCGGCGGACGUCCGAUUAAUCUUCUCAAAUUGUUACAAAUACAACCCUCCGGAUCACGAAGUGGUCGCCAUGGCCCGGAAACUCCAGGACGUGUUCGAGAUGAGGUUCGCCAAGAUGCCGGACGAGGCGGUGGACCUGAGCUCGCCGGGGGGCGGGACCCCGAAGAACGCCAAGUUCAGCCUGAACAGCGGCAACUCCUCGGUGUCGGGCAUGUCGGACGGCGAGGAGGACCACGCCAGCCGCCUCGCCGAGCUGCAGGAGCAAGUGGGCGCUGAACAGCAUCAGAACGGUAGUGAAUUGGGGAGAAAUGGGUGCAGCGACAAUGAUCAGCUGAAAGCCGUGCACGAGCAACUGGCGGCGCUGUCCCAGGCGCCCGGCAGCAAGCCCAAGCGGGCCAAGGAGAAGGACAAGAGGAGGGAGGGGCGGCCGGGAGAGGAGAAGAGGAGCUCCAAGCCCGCCAGGCCGGGCCAGCAGAAGAAGACCUCCAAGAAGUCCUCCAGCAGCAGCCUCAAGAAGGGGCCGAGGGAGUACGACUCUGACGACGAGUCCCUCCCCAUGACCUACGACGAGAAGAGGCAGCUGAGCCUGGACAUCAACCGCCUGCCGGGGGGCAAGCUGGGCCGGGUGGUCCGCAUCAUCCAGACCCGGGAGCCCUCCCUGAGGGACUCCAACCCCGACGAGAUCGAGAUCGACUUCGAGACGCUGAAGCCGUCCACGCUGCGCGAGCUGGAGCAGUACGUCAAGUCCUGUCUGUACAAGAAGAUGAGGAAACCGGGCGAGGAGGGAGCGGCUGGGAACAGCGACAGCAGCAGUUCGUCUGACUCAGCCAGCAGUAGCUCCAGUGAUUCCAGUUCAGACAACAGUGAGCCCGACUGAGUUCCAGGAUCGUGGAGCGAGAUAACGGACAAUGUGAUUAGAGCAGUACAAUGAGGCACGACCUCCAUCUUAUAGUUUGUGUUGUCAUGGAAACCACAUUAGGGAGGGGAGGGAGGGGGCGGCCCUCCUGAAGGUUCUGCUCUACCGACGAGUCUCUCCCUGGAUAUGUCACACGUCCAUCGUGACAUCCACCCUGACACGAAGUCCACCCACACAACAAUCACAACAUCGUCAUGAUCUCCUGUCGCAAUAUCUAUCGCAAUACCCAAAUUGACACAAUAUCCACCAUGAUAUGAUGCUAUCCACUCUAUAAUCUGUCACGAUAUCCCACACAAAUAUACCACCACCUCCAUCGUGAUACUCACCACAUCUAUGUCAUGACCUCUCUAUCGCGAUUUAUAUCGUGAUAUCCACAAUCACAUGUCCACCACAAUGUAUAUCAUGAUACCCACCACAAUAUAUUGCCGUCGAUCUAUAGCGCGAUAUCCAUCAUGAUCGUCCAUGUAGGCAGGAUGCUGUAAAAAGGGGUGUGUGUGUGUGUGUGUGUGCGUGCGUGCGUGUGUGUGUGUCACACACUCUUGUUUUGUUGUACAGCCGAUCCGAUGUGCAUAUCUGUGUGGUCCAUGGCAGCUGAAGGUCUUUCAACCUCUACACAUUUGUUUUGUACAAAGAAAAUUUAAUCUGACCGCAUGAUUGGAUGGAUUUGAAUGUUGGUGCAUAGUCUUGAGUGUGUGUGUGAGGGUCAGUUUGGGUUAUGAUCACUGAUUAAAGGUUGUGAGGAAUCUGUCGUAGGUGGAGGUUUAAGACGUGUCUACCUUAGUGGUGAGGGGCUCCUUAGUGUCUGAAUGUAUGGUGAAGUGGCUCCCUGUUGAACUCAGUGAAUAGACUUAUCCUGCUCUGGUUCUCUGCUCGGAAAAAUAUGGUUUCAAUAACUUUUUUGGAAAAAUGUAAAAUACAUUUUAUAAAAAUAAACGAAAACAAAACAAACAAAAAAAGGAUAUUCUCUGUUAUAUUUAUUUUUAUGCCCAGAUAUCUAUGUUCACGUUUCUCCGCCUUAAGUUGUCUCUGUUAUAGUUUUUUUCAUUUUGUCGAUUUUUUUCUGAAUGUUGUUUUCUCAUUGGUCAAAUGCUGACCAAGAACAUGUAUAUAAAUAUAUAGAUAUUUUCAAAUCUAACUUCUUUUUUAUGCUUUUGUUGUAAUAUGAUAGCCUCUUUUUAUAUAUAUAAAAAAGGAUUUCUACUUUUUAUUUUUAACAUGCAUGGAGAUUUGUUGUACCUCAAUUUAGCUUUCUUUUUUUAAGUCUUGUUUUAAGGUGUCUUCUUUUUAUGUUGCCCAUAAAAGGACUUGUGUAUCCUCUGUAAAUAAGUUUAGGCUUGCUCAUGUAAAUGUCUGCCAUAAUCAACGAGUAGAAGUUAUCAUUUAAUGUUUCUGCAAAACUGUAAUAAGAGCUAACUUCCUUUUUGGUUUUUCUUCAAUAAAUACAACAAGAAGCCUGACAAAUGUUUUGUGUGAAAAUAUAUACAUUUUAACGUAAGGCAUUUACUGCAUAAUUCAAAUCUUUCAUAAUUUGCUAUCCAACUAGAUUAUAACGACCUCUGGCAAUCACUUCCACUUUAAACUCUCUGCCAACAUCAUCCCUCAACCAGAUGUUACAACCACCGACACGAUUUGUCCCUCAUUGCUUAAACAGCUGUUAUUUACAUGGAUUUUUUUUUUUGGUAUAUAUUUCAUAUGGAUUUUGUUGAUUUAAAUACAUGACUAAUUGUGCUUUAAUGAUCACUACUUAUGAAGAAUGCUAAAUGUACCUGCAACUCCCUAAACAUCCGAGAGAGGGCACCCGUGUGACGCAUUUGGGACGCGCGUAUUUGCAGUGAUGUGAUCAUUUAUGUUUAGCCUCGCAAAAAAAGUUUUUUAUUCUAGAAAUUUGUCGUUUUAGCAUGAAAGAUUCAAUUUAUUUUUGUCUUGGCCGGGUUUCGUGCCAAUACCGUCUAUCAAAAAACAAAACAAAUCAGUUGCUGAGGUUGAACCUUUACCUACUCUUUCCCCACCACAGGGUGCAAGACAUCUGCCGUCCAGCUUUACAGGUGGGUCUACUAAGCUCUUACGUUUCUCAUCGAUUCGAUACACAUUCCAAUUAUACAUUCUCCGCAACUUCCACUAGGCAUGAACAGGUUGUUGAAUCGCAGAUCUGAUCAAAAGGUUCACAUCGAGCAUGUCGACCCGGAGUCGGAACCUCAUGAUGAGGGAUGCUGCACGCAAGCAUGACUCCACCGCUGAUGUCAAGGGAACCAUGAUCAUGCCUCUGUUUAUAUGUAUUUAUGGCUCUGGAUUCAAUCCCCAAUGUCUGCAAGACUGCCACCUUAUACGGCAGCCCCCCUAGACUAAUACAUAGUACAGCAUUUCAUCUGAAUUUAGUA